GGGACAGCCCGCCACUCUGCCAGUCCUUUAAGAAGAGAUGGGAUGGCCGAAGCGAUUGUGGAAUUUAAGUUUUGUUAGCGCUUGUUUUGUUUUGCCCCUGAUUUGCAGGUGUUCGACGGCCAGUCUUUGAGCAAGUGAGGAUCCAGCUGGGAUGCAAGUAAAAGGGGCAAUGGGAAACAAAGAAAGAGGAGACGGGGAGAUGAAACAGAACAUAUUGGGAGAAUAAGAUUUGGGGGGCGGCGGAAAGAGGACGGCGGAAAGAGGACGAGAGGGACAAUGAAUCAGAGAAUAGUAGGAGCCAGAAGAUUGGAAACGAAACAGAUUCAUGAAAGGCUCCGCUGACGGGUCUUUGGCCCGAUCUCCCGGCCUGAGGCAACAGCACCAACAGCACAGCCCAAGCAAAGGGCAGAGGGUGGUGAACUCACGGACACCCAGAGAAAUCCGAGCAGGAAAAACCAAAAGAAAAGCAAACAAAACAAAAGAACAACAACAGGAACAACAGGAACAACAAGAACAACAAGAACAACAAGAAAAGAAAGAAAAACAAGAACAACAAGAACAACAAGAACAACAGGAACAACAAACAAACAAACAAGCGUCGGCCUUCUCGGCGGGCCUGCGCCGGCCCGGCUCUAUUCUCUUUCAUCACGGGCCCAGUGCGGAUCCACUAGAGGGCGCCGCAAGGCCGCUGAGCCAACGGGAAAACAGGCCCCAGCCGCGCCCAACUAGCCAGCACCCAGACCACGCCGCCCCAAGCCCAAGCCGCCCCAAGCCCAGGCCGCGCCAGGACCAAAACCAAAUACCAAACACUGACAACCAGACCAGAAUAGAAGACCAGAACAGACCACGACCAAAGCAGACCGAAACAAAACAAGCACAAAAAAUGAAGCUCAAUACAACAAAGCCGGCCAGACAAAAUAAAGCUUAAUAAAAUAAAGCUUAAUAAAAUAAAGCUUAAUAAAAUGGAGCUUAAAAAAAUGGAGCUAAAAAAAACGGAGCUAAAAAAAACGGAGCUCAAAAGAACGGAGCCCAAACAAAUGGGGCCGGCCAAAACACAGCGGGGCCAUCAGCAAGAUCUAAAAAAAACAACCUCCAAAAAUGGCCCAGAAGCUCACCAAAAGACUCCGCCAAAAGCACCGCA